AUGUCGUUAGUCGGUGUGUCGACAUCGACUUUAACAGAAUUCGAACAGCAGUAUUCACUUCAAACAGCUGAGGUGACAUCAACUAUUGCUCGUCUACCGUCAUUGCCAGUGUCAGAACGUCCAGCUAGUGUACAAGCCGUGCAACGUGUCCUUACUGAUGUAGCCGAAUUAUUGGAGCAGAUGGAACUUGCUGUGCGAGAUCUAGCAGCUGGAAGUGCUGAACGGACCAAGUACGAGCUAAGGGUGAAGAGCUAUCGUAACGAUAAACGUCUUCUUGACAGCGAACUCGAGAAGGCUAUCAAGCGUUUGCGUGAGGCUGCAGACAGAGACGAACUACUUGCUUACGACGAGGCAGUGGAGAUGGAUCAACAGGAAGAGCAGCUGAUAGCGAAUACUGAACGAUUAGAGAGGUCGUCGAGAAAGAUUCAAAAUGCAUACCGCAUGGCUGUCGAAACUGAGCAGAUUGGAACGGAAGUGUUGGGAAAUUUGUCGCAGCAAAGAGAAACAAUAAGUCGGGCACGAGAGAGAAUGCGUGAAGCUGAUGUGGAGCUAGGAAGGAGCAAUCGUCUGCUCAACACCAUGAUACGAAGAGUCAUCCAGAAUCGUCUGUUAUUGCUGAUUGUUGCAGUGCUUUUAAUGUUUUCUCUUCUGUUUCUAAUGUACAAUUAUCGAAAACCGCCUCCAGAAUUACCACAAACUGAGUUUGUUGUGAUACAGUAUCCUGGAGUUAUCAAAAACCUUGAUCGCGCUCUCGAGACCCUAGGUGGUUUACCGAAAAUAUCACAGAACCACUUUGCUAGUCAAGCGUUGGAAUUACGUCACACACCAGAGAAUCCUUAUACGAGUGCCUCCGUUUCAGAAAAGAAACUUGAUUCUGCGGUCACAUCUGGCACGUUACGCUUGGUGAUGGAAUUCCGACGAAGGAAAAAGAAGCCGGAAGUCAUAGAAACAACGUGUUUAGGCUUGGUAAACGUUUUAUACACCUUUGACACUAUGUGCGACUUCCAAUAUCUGCCACUAAAACGGCGGCAGGAAGGUGAAGGAUUUGACGAUCUCAUUCCUCGUCUUAUUCCAAGAGAUCUUCCUAGCGCACUCUGCUGGUGGGACCGCCCUGACUCAUAUCCUGGCUACACACCUUUAUUUUUGCCGCCGUACCAGUUCAGUCGCUACAACACUCCGUCCACGAAAAUGCUAUGUCGCGAAUCAGACUUCACACUCGAAAAGAUCCGGAAAAAGACUGGACAUGGUCAAAAUUUACGACUCGAAAGAAAGGCCCUGUCAGUGACUGUGCAGGCCAACGAUCCAUUCCCUACCGCUCCGUCAGAGGAAGCUGUUCUCGAUGCCGAUUUUAGGUGUAAAAAUGAGGAGCCACACAGAAUGCUGGCAGCACUAUUUCGAGAGCGCCCUAUGUGGACUAGAAACGCUAUUGCUUACAAAACGGGUCUAGACGACAACUUACUCAAGACACUACUGCAGAAGUAUGCAUUCUACAUCCAGUCGGGCCCAUGGGGUAGACUUUGGUGCAGAUUUGGAUACGAUCCGCGUACUGACCCCGAGUCAAUGCUCUACCAAACCCUUAUGGUCUCCUUCAGGCAGCAUACAAGAAUACCUGAACGACAACGGCUGAAGGUCUCCCUUGACAGAAGCGUUCCCUCUGAAGCUAGCAGUUUGCCAGUUCAUUUCACUUAUCAACCAGGACGUCUUCCAAGAGUGCGGCAGAUGUGGUACAGCCUUUGCGACAUUAAAUUGCCAUUCGCUGAGGCGUUACUCAAGCAAGACCACAGUAAAUCGUCAGAACCAGAAGCGUAUGGUUGGAUACAUGCAGUAAGUUUUUUCUGCAUUGCGUCAGAUCUCAAA